AUGAAGUCCAACCUCCUAGCAGAUGAGAAUCCGAAUGACUCACGCAGUCCUCGACUUUCCAAGAUCUUUGGAGUGCUCUCCUCUACUCGCAGACUCACGGAAGUUGUUCCACUGGGCCCUCCUGCUCGCACUGCAAGUGCUUUGGAUAACAGUUUCCUCACUGUUGGAAUCAGACCACGUCAUCAGAGCACAAGGAAACUUUCAUUCCGAGAAGCGUUCGGACUCUUGGGGCCUCCGAUGGCAGCCAUGGUCCUAGGCGUUGACCCCAACGCCGCAGCCAACUACCUCAUGAAUACUAGCGAGCUCGAUGACGGUCAGUUCUGGCUUAUCCCGGAUGAGUGGAGUACACUACAGACGUUCAGUGUGAUGGGUCUGGCGCUUGUUCUCCUGUUUUACGUUUACAUUUUAAUGAUGAUGCUCGUUUGGCGCUCUCAAAGGAACGCGAUGGAGAACAAAUUUAACAGUUUUCUCCUACAUUGGAGAGCUGCAGCAAAGGCGCUCACAGGGAUACACGGCAAGUACCGCAAGUAUUGGAAUUUCUGUCUCAAGAUCCACGACCUAGUAAUGCUCACACUGCUACUUAGUGACCUUCUGGAAGCGGGGACGCCAGUCAAGAUAGCAUUUUCCGCGCUCGUGGAGAUCCUCAUCGAUUCGCUGUUUGAUUUCAGCGCGACUGUGCUCUAUCCGCUUACCGUGCUCUACUACUGCUGGAAUAAUUUUCACUACGACCGCGCGGUUUAUUUCAUCAAUUUGGAAACGCUAUCCAUUGGGAGUUUCGAACGACGAGCGCGAAUGUACGCAAACCCCGCGGAGAUCGCCCUCGUUCGCUCCUCAUUUGACUCGCUGAGGAUCCUUGAUAGCACCGACUUUGUGUUGCGCAUCGCGAUGAACUUGGCCUUCAGCUAUCGCUGCAAACGGAUCGUUGAAGUAUUAAUCGAGAUGAAGACGGAUAAUACACUCAAGCGGAAACUCUCUCUGCUCCACCCGCCGGCACGCGCGGCUGUUGUUGUGUUCACUCACAAAGCUAUCGUUCAUCACAAGUCGCGUGUUCUCCGCAUCCCGACACCCUUGACAUACUACGAAUGGACUCACCCGGUCGACGUCUCCAUGGCAGUGAGUAUGCUCGCAAGGGCAGGCACGCUCGAGACUCUGCAACUCAUUAACCGACAACUUACGGAACUACCGGGCGAGCUCCGAGGCUGCCGCAAUCUUAACUUUAUAUCGCUGAUUAACUGUGCUACCGAAAAGUUCCCGCCUUGGUUGAAGGAUUUUCACAAGUUACAGUAUCUGCAAGUUGAAGGCCGAGUUGGGAGUCAAAAUCUUGAUGACUUAGCUCCAGAUUUGUUCAGUGAUAUGCCUGAGCUCCGGUAUCUCCAGCUUGGCGUCCAUGAAAAUAUGACGCGCCUUCCACCACUCGACGGCGCGCCGAAGCUACGCAGCAUAAUUUUUUCUCGGCUAUACAACUUGGUCGAAUUUCCGCCGUUAACACAUCAGACAAGGCUGGGGAGGAUCGAGCUGACGGCAAUCAAAACUCUGCCCUAUCUCCCAGACCUCCAGCCUGUCACAGCGUUGAGGCACCUCAUCGUAUUCCAAGGUGCCCGUUUGUGCUGCAACGGAUUCCUGGGAACGUGUGACCUCACAAACCCGUACUGCACAAACGCUACCUGCCUUGAAGAUGGCUCGAAGGAGGCUUCACCCGCUACACUUGCAGCUUUUAAGGACUUUUCCUACUCUGUUUGUCAGCCAUAUUCGGGUCUCUCACAAGUUCCAACGGCGGAGACGAUUCAAAUGUGCGAUGGAGUUCCAUACCGUCAGUGUCAUGUACCCGGACUUGAGCCAAAUACGACCGCUGUGGGAAUGUGCUACAAUCAUCGGAUGCAGGUACUCGCGUGCAAUCCGGGCCCCGAGAAAAUUCGAGCUCGUCGGCGGCAGAUCCAGGAGGGGGUGGGGGCUCCGUGUAAUUCAUCGGUGGAAGCGUGGCUUGGGUGCUCCAGUGCAGCUACGUAA